AUGGCGUUGGAGGUGCAACCGCCCAGCGAUCGCAAGCGGGUGAAAGUUUACGAACUCAAAGAUAAUGACUGGUUUGAUCGCGGGACGGGUUUUUGUACAGGACAGAUCCUUGAUGAUGAGCCGCGGAUAUUCGUCGAGUCGGAGGAUGAGCCUAAUCGUGUGCUCCUGGAGACAAAAAUCUCCAAGGAUGACGGCUAUCAGAAACAACAAGAAACGUUGAUAGUAUGGACCGAACCAAAUGGGACGGACAUGGCGCUGAGUUUCCAGGAAGCGGAAGGGUGCGCUGUGAUCUGGAAUUUCGUUACUAGCGUACAGCAGCAUCUUUUGAACUUGGCACCAGGAGAAGAUGCUCUAUCGGACGAUAUCGAAAGCUACCAGUCAAUCAUGCUGCCUCCACCCGAGCUCGGAAACCUACCCGAAAUCGAUCAUGUUAUGAGGGCCGCUAGCAUUACCCAGGCCGGGCGUGAUGCGCUAUCGAAAUUCGUCAUCCGAGAAGAGUACAUCCCCAAGCUCAUCCCGUUAGUUACAAUGGCCGAGGAUCUCGAAAGUCUCUCCGAUCUACAUCGCCUGUGCAAUAUCAUGAAGUCGCUCAUCCUUCUCAAUGACAACACCAUAAUCGAGACAGUUGUUACGGAUCCUAUUAUCCUUGGCGUGGUGGGAGCAUUGGAAUAUGACCCCGAGUUUCCAACGCACAAAGCGAACCACCGACAAUACCUCGCAGAUAAGUCGCGCUACAAGGAAGUUGUACCUAUUAAGGAUGCGUUAAUUCGCCGCAAAAUCAGCUACACUUGGCGCUUGCAAUAUCUCAAGGAUGUGGUCUUAGCUCGAAUUCUAGAUGAUCCGACUUUCUCGGUUCUCAAUUCCUUGAUCUUCUUCAAUCAGGUCGAGAUCGUCAACCACAUCCAGGCGAAUGGUCCCUUUCUGAAGGAAUUGUUCUCGGUCUUCGAUCCAAGAAGCGCGGACACUAAGCGUAAGGAGGACGCUGUCCAGUUUCUCCACCAAUGCGCUGUCAUCGCAAAGAAUCUGCAGGCGCCGGCGCGUGCUAAUCUAUUUGCGAAUUUCAUCAACCAUGGCCUGUUUGCCGUCAUUGCCUUCGCCAUCAAACACCCCAAACCGGCUCUGCGUACAACUGGAAUCGAUAUCCUGGUGGCGCUUCUUGACCACGACCCCGUGAUGAUGCGUGGGUAUAUGCUAAAAGCUGUCAACGAGAAGAAGACACCUUUGACCGACACGCUGAUUGAUUUGCUGCAUACUGAGUCCGACCUGGGGGUCAAGAACCAACUCGCUGAUGCCGUCAAAGUUUUACUGGAUCCCCAAAUUCCCCUGCAAGAUACCUUGGGCCGGGCUGGGCCCGACAAUUUCAACAAGCCGCGUCCGAAUAUCCUCUCCGAUGCAUUUGUUCAGAACCAUUUCGAUGAAUCUGCGAGAAGGCUAUUCUGGCCGCUGAAACGCCUCGAACAUGAUGACCACCUUCGGAACUUAAGCUUCCAAGAGGUGUCGCUGUAUUCCCAUCUCGUUGAUAUUUUAACGUUCUUUGUCCGCCAACACCUAUACCGGAGUCGGAAUGUCAUUCAAAACGAAUCCCUUGCCCCUCGAAUCGCUCAGUUACUCACGGUGCCCCACAAGCACCUUAAGCUGACUGCGUUGAGAUUUUUCCGUGCUUUGACUAGUCUUCAAGACACUUUCUACCAGGCUCUGAUGACCCAUAACAACAUCUUUGGGCUCAUCCUCGACAUUGUUUACGAGACUAUGCCCCGUGAUAAUCUCCUAAAUUCGGCCUGUCUCGAACUAUUCGAAGCGAUCCGAUGCGAGAAUAUGAAACCGUUUGUUCUACACGUAGUGGAGAAGUAUGGCGAAAAAAUCAGAAACAUCACCUACGUGGACACAUUCCAGAGCUUGAUCCUACGCUACGAGCAAAUGCAGGGCUACGGCGCCGAGCCGGACUCGUCCCUAAUGUCGCAUGAGGAGACGCUGCCUUCCCAAAGGAUGCCUGCCGGCGGCCAGCGUUGGCAAGGUGUCGGGGAGAUGGAUGCUGCCGAGGAGGAGUAUUUCAACACUUCCGAUGAUGAAGAGGUAGGGCGCUUGUUCCAGCAUGGUCCCCUUUCGAAAUUGGCUAACCAUGGCUAUCAGUGGCAGCAGGAGAGUAGGCAGACCACAUCAGAUGCUGCCCGAAUGCAGAAUGGCGCUGCGUCGCCCAUCGUCAAACCGCUUGUGGAUUACCCGGAUGACGACGAUGAAGACGAUGCGAUGGACACAAAGCCAGAAUCCAGCGAUGGGCAAGCGCCACAGAACCAGGAACAACCGCAGCAAGAUGACUCAGGUCACGAUGCUGCUGCCGGCUCACCCACAGACUCACCGUCCACUCCGGUCUCAACGCCUCAAACGCCACCCGAACGGUUGUCGGAAAAGCGUCGGCGCGAGGAGGAAGACGAUGACGAGCUGAUGAAGCUCACAGCUGGACCUAAACGAAGAAGUUCAACUAGCGCCGGUCCUGGCACUGCCGGAAUGGUGCGGAGAAAGCGAAGCGUGUCCAUUGGCUCGCUUUCCGCCAACGACAAGGGGGCAGCGCUGGGGAGCCUCAAUAGCAGUGCACCACCGAAGAGAAUCGCAAUCAACCUUAGCUCGGCUACGAUCAAGGCGUCUGACCCAGGCUCGACCGACUCUGGAGCUGAUCAUGCGAACAACGAGAAAGAAAACCGAGAUGACAACCACAGCGGUGAUGGUGGCUAA